AUGGAUGCAGGGAUGCAAAUAGCACUUCCCAUACUAGGAAUUGUAGCUGCAGCUGCAGUUACUUUCUAUGCUGUUAGCUUUUCUGAGCUCAGUGAGAAAUCAUUUAGAGAUUUGGAGGAGUCUGAAGAUGGAGGGUUUGAGUCAUCUCUAAGUUCAAGAAAAAGGAGAGCAAGAAGAAAGGCUGAAAAAGCAGCCAAGAAUUGA